AAAAAAUUUUGGAUUCUCACGUUUGACCUCCAAUUCAAUAAGAAUAAUAUAUGACAUCGUCAUGAUUAUUGUAUAUGUAUAAAAUCUAUUUUUCAAGUGAAAAGUAACAUAAUGUGAUAUAGAUAGAUAUUAUGAUAUCUAUCAAUUAUGUAUGUAUUGAAAAAUUAAUUUUUUUUGUGAGUGGAAACAUCGUUGAUUGCUGGUCAAUAAUAUACGUCUUCAUAAUUGAUCUGAGUGAGGAAUUUAUUCCAAAAUGAUGCUCGCGGAACUCAAUAAUAAUUAUGGUAAACAUUUAUACAAAGCCAAGAAAUACAGCCAAGCACUCGCAUAUUUUAGUAAAGCUAUCAAUAACUCUCCAAAUACACCCACCUACUACGGAAAUCGUGCUGCAUGUUUCAUGAUGUUGAAUAGUUUCGAAGAGGCACUAGAAGAUGUCAGGAAAACCGUCCAGCUGGAUCCGAACUAUCUUAAAGGUUAUAUCAGGAUGAUCAAAUGUGGUAUCGCAACGGGCGAUAUUGUGAUCGCCAAGUAUGCCUUGAAGAAAGUCCAGGAACUUCAAAAAGACAUUUCAGUUAUAGCCAACGAAGUAGAAUUACUGGAAAAACUAAAACAUAAUGAAGCAGAGGCUUCCAAAGCAUACAAAGAAGGCGAUUUCAAGAAAGUCGUCAUUUGCAUGGAAAGAUGCCUGGAAGUAGCAUCCACCUGUGAAUUCUAUAAGAUAGUCAAGGCCGAAUGCCUUGUGUUCCUCGGCAGGUACCAGGAUGCUCAGGAAAUCACGGGCAGCAUCUUAGAGUUGAAUAGUAGGAAUCCUGACGCAAUGUAUAUACAGGGAUUGUGUUUGUACUAUGAAGGAAAACUAGACUGUGCUAUCAAAAACUUUCGACACGUUUUGAAACUUGCACCUGAGCAUUCGAAGGCGAUGGAUAUCUGCAAGCGUGCAAAAAUGUUACAGAAGAAAAAAGAGGAAGGGAAUAAGGCAUACAGGGCAUAUCGGUUUCAGGAAGCAUGCAAACUGUAUACAGAUGCACUCGAAAUUGACCCUUUGAACAGAAAAACCAACUCUGAAUUGUAUUUCAAUCGAGCAACCGUUCUAUCAAGUAUGAAAAAAACCUUCGAGGCUAUCGAUGAUUUCACCUCAGCAAUAAAAUUAGACGGAACAUACCAGAAGGCUUUGUUGAGAAGGGCCAAGUGCUUCAUGGAUUUGGAGGAGUUUGAUGAUGCAGCGAGAGACUACGAGAAAGUCUGCGAGAUGGACGACAAUGAGGAAAAUAAAAAUAUGUUGGAAGUUGCUAAGUUUGCUCUCAUGCUAGCUUCAAUGGAACGUAAGGAUUACUACUAUAUCCUCGGAGUAGAUAGGAGGGCCAGUCACGAAAAAAUCAAAAAGUUUUAUAAAAAGAUGGCGCUAUUACAUCAUCCCGAUAGGCAUGCCAAGUCGACGGAAUAUUUCAGAAAGUUGCAGGAGAGGAAGUUCAAAGAGAUCGGAGAAGCUUAUGCUGUUUUGUCGGAUGCGAAGGCAAGAGCUCUUUAUGAUUUGAGAUAUACGAUCUAGAUGAAUUGUAAGGUGGCAUAAAUGAUAUUGUGCCAGCUCAUAUAUUCAAAAUAAUUUCUCAUUUGGAGGUGAUAGACAAUUCGAGAAAUGGUGCUAGGUAAACGUACAUGAGUGUAUACAUUCCAAUGAUUUAGAAGUAUACUUUUCUUUUGGGUCCUAUUUAUACACUGAAAGAACAUUUUGACCAAUACAUAGAAGAUGGAAUUAUUUGAUGUACAAUUAUUUAUUUUUUGUGUUUUUCAGAAGAACGAAUGUUAUAUUUUGUUGAGGUUUGUUGUUACAUUGUUGGAUUAUUUCCUGAAGAAAUACAAUAUUAUUUUUACAACUCUAUA